GGCGGGGUAUAGAAGAGGGGAAAAAGGGGAAUUUUAUCACAGUUAAUGAAAGUAUCAGCUCGGUUGUUGGUUGUCGCUGUGCGGUUGUUGAUUUUAACAGUGUGGUUACAUUCCUGUAGCUUAAGUUUCAGCUCGAGUGUUUGAGUGUGUGUUUUGGGGCUUUAUUGUAGAUUGUUUUGACUGCGGACCUUCGCUGUAACACGUCAUGGAGGACAGCGGAGUGUCCGGUGCGCGUCCGUGCGCCGGCGCAGUCGGGGUGACGCUUCCCGUCAGUGCUGCUGUGUGGCCGACGGGGGAUUUGGCUGAGUUUGGAUAAUUUCUCCUUUUUUGUGGCUGCAGAAGAAAAGCCUGCCGAACUGUACAGAGCAGAAAUGGAGGCUAACCCGGAAAAUUUUUGAACAAGUUAUCAUUUUAUGGAUUUUUAAUAUACAUUUUUUUGCAUAUGAAACAAUGUGGAGUGCGUUUAUAAACGGCUCAGGACUCCAAGGUGGCAGCAGUGCAGGCGGGGGGUAUGUGCCCUCCCAGGGAUGGGAGUUUGUGCCCUGCCCCAGGCUCGACAGAGGCAGGGGCAAAAACCUCAACCCUCUGAGAAGGAUCUCCUCUCCACCUACUGUCUUCAGUCAGACUAAUGAUGCCCAGUUUGGUGCCUCACCAGGUGGAGGAGAGGUUGGAGCAGGGAGCCCUGUAGAGAUCCUCAGGGGACAAAUGCGGCAGGGCCCGGAGCCCCAGCAGCAGCAGAAAGCACAACACUCCCGGCUUAAAAGGAAGUUUGAGGACUUGAAAAAGCAACAUGUACUAGACAAGGAAGAAUGGACGCGUGAGAAGGAGUCAUUGUUGAGAGAAGUGGCUAACAUUCAAGGAGGGGAAAACAGGAGAAUCCUACUGGACCUAAAGACUGUGUUGGAGGAAGUGCAGGUAGAGGUGAAGAAAGAGGAGGAGAAGAGGAGUGAGCUCCAGCUGCAGUACACCCGAGACAGAUGUGCCUGGGAGCUAGAGAAAGCGGAACUUAAAUGCAGGAUUGCACAGUUGGAGGCAAGAGAAGCGUCGAGGUUGGUGAGUGGAGGCCACCAGUCGGCAGCAGGUCUCGAAUCGGUGGUGUCACGGAGUCCUCGAGAAUUGCACGGUGAAACCCCAACGCUCUGCAGAGAAAGGGAAGAACAGCGGAGGAUCCUGGCAGACACCCAGUCGGCAGCCAUGGACCUGCGCACUCGUCUGGAGCACAGCGAGAAGGACUGGAUGAAGGAGAAGGCUGAGUUGCUGGAAAGAUUUGAUAUGGAGAGGCAAGAGUGGGAGAGCCAGCUGAGAGACAUGCAGAAGAAAAUAGAAGACUUGUGUUCUGAGGUCAGAACCAAGCGAGGAGGAGCGGGACUGACUGGGAAGAAGCAGGAUGAAGAUAUGCAUCGACUCAGCAUACGUUCAAGCAGCACUGGCUCCAGUUUACUCAGUGACAACUCCCGCUCUGAUCUAUUCAGCAGCAGCACUCAGUCCGAACCAACCAGAAAUGCACCUUCACCCGGUUUUGGUCCUGACAGGAUCGUUGCCGACAGCAAUGUUUUUGGUAACGCAGAGGAUCAGUCUCACUGCUUCCAGUCAGACAGGCUCUCUGGAUUAAACCUCAGUGAGCUGAGAAAUAACGACAACUUAAAACUGGAGCUUCAGGAGCAGCUGAGAUGCAGAAGCCCAUGGCAGCAAGAUUCUGGGACUGGAAAUAAGGGUGCUGUGGAUACAACUGAGCGGGAUGCUUUUUGUCAUGGAGUUCCUGGCUGUAAUGGACCACAUGAUCCUAAAAGCAGUGCAAAAGGUGUUGAUGAUGGUUUUCAUGGAAAUGCUGCUGGCGGAGGACUAAUUUACCACAAUGACAAGAAGCAGAACGCCACUGCACUCAAUGCUGCUUUGAAUGAAAUAGCACGCGUUAGUGAGGAGCUUUGCAGCUACCAGGAGGAGAUCAGAAAGAAGAGCGGUAAUAGAAGCAAUCACUCUGAACCUGUCUGCACGUCUCAUUUAAUUGGCCCCAGCAAUAGCUGUCUGCAGGAAGAUGAAGCUCCAUUUGACUUCAGUCAGAUCUACAAUGAACUCCGGGCCCUAGAGAAGGAAAACUGGCUCACUCUGUCACCAGAAAACACCUGGAAGUCCAGCAGAGGGUUAAGCAAAUCCCAGGGGACCAACAUUGCCGAUCUAGACAGUUACAGGAAAAUGCAAACGUGUCCUGUAGUCCACUCUGAGGUUGAUAUGGUAGCCCCACCAGUCCCACCCCGCUCUUCUUCCUGGAAUCUGACCACUGUUGAUGCAGAUUUGGAACUCUAUAUCCCAGAAUCCCCACAGGCCACAUUACAGAAGUGCCACAGCCCUUGUGUUCUAAUUGACAGAAAGUGUAGCAGCCCCUCUAUUGUCAGGAAGUUUGAGGCUAUGCUGCAAGAAAACGAAGGAAAGGUUUUCAAAGAUGGCGUGGUGGUUUCCUGCCCCGUCCCUGGUAACUCCAACUGUAACGUUGGUUGUUGCCACAACCGCUGGUCCUGUGAUCCAAGCAAGUUCACCCGCAGUAACUUAUCUGCAUAUGAUUCAGUCCAGAAGAGCUUCUCAGAAAUCAACAUACUGAGUGCCGGCAAAAGUUUUCAUCUAGACUGUAGCUCCAGUGAUACAAAGCUGCAGAUGCCUCCAGCUGUCAGAGAGUUACCUGUAGAUUUGCUUCUGACCUCUCUGCAAAUGCCCCCUGUCCACCCCGACCUUCAUGGCUCCAGAAGAAACAUAAUGUUGGAGAAAAAAACAGCUGAGUUCAACAGAACUUUGUUCCAGGCUGAGAUGGGUCAUGGAGCAGAUGCUAGUGACAGCGUAGAUAUCACAGACACCAGCCCUUUGGCUCGCCAACCAGUCCCUACCACACCUGAUGGUAUUUUACAUCCAAAGGAGACUCUGUUUGAGCCAAAUUCUGCAUAUGGCAACUCAAGCGUAGCAGAAGUAAAAAAAGAGUCCUUACCUCCACCCAAACUGGAGUCCAGCAUGGAAAACCCAGAAUUCCAGUCAAGAAAGGAGAUUUUUGCUGCUGAAGUUCAAGAGGCAAGCAUAGAUCAAGAAAGUGUCCUCUCAACUGAACAGGAAGCUGGAUUGAGUGAAACUCCGACACCCCCAAAGAGCUCUGCACACCAUUGUGAGAUCGGGCACAAAGUUCAAAGGGCAAACAGUCCUUCCAGAAAGUCACAACACAGAGUAGGAAAGGAGGACUUUUCUUCCCCUGUAAAUAAGAAGCCAGAAUAUCUGAUGGAGGAGGGCAGGAACGAAGAUCCUAACCAAGACAAGUCUCAGUCUAUCAGAGCUGCUGACCCACACCAGCAGUCACCUGCUAAGAGCAAACAAAAACACAGGACACAACAAAGACACUUGUCUCGUCCUCCUUACCAGUCGGACUCCAUCAGGUUGGUACCCAGAAUGAUGAGUGAUCACCCCUGGAAGCCCCUGACUCUUGCUGCAUACCCACGACCAGAAGGCUCCAGGUCAAACUAUGGGGCUGUGGAAAGGAUUCUGAAAAAUUAUGAGAGUGCAGCUCGGGCACAACAGAAUGAGAGCCACCAAAGUGAAAUGGGCCCGUGCCCUAGCUUCCUCUUUAGACAGGAGGAGAUCAUCUCAGAACAGGACCUGCAGGACCCUCCACCUUCGCCUCCUGCUGUGGGACAACUGCAGACAUCCCAUACACUGCAGACACAGCUCAGCAUUCACAGCACCACAGGGGUGAGGGAGCUCACUGAGAGGGAAGAUGAUGAGACUUUGGUUGCUUCUCCCUUUUCCCAGAAGAACUUUUCAAGGCCUGCCUGCCCAGCUAAUCGAAGGCUUCCUUCUCGAUGGGCCAUCCGCCUCCCUACUUCAUCCUCCUCCAACACUUCCUCCCCAUCUACCACCCCGGUCGCGCCACCAGCCUAUCCCCUCCAGAAGAACCCUUCCUCUUUUACUUAUACGCAUGCCUUUCACAUAGAUACCGUCAUCAUUCGACCUCCAUGUCACUGAAACUUACUUUGUUUCUCUUUUUUGCGGUGCAUACUAAACACAGAUCUUUACUGCUAUGGACUCAAGAAGUGCUUUAGUUUCCAACUCACUCACAGUUUUUGUCAUUUGGUGGAGCCUAACUGGGAAAAUAAAGCAAGUUCAGUUAGUUCACUGUUGGAAUGACGCUGAUCUCUAAUGCCAUCCAUCUUCAUAAACAUCCUGUACUCAGGUCUAGAUUCUAGCUUUGAAUAUUUUAAUCUUGCUAGCAUACCAACUAUAUCCUGUUUUAUAGACUGUAUUUUCACAUUUAAUAGAACACUAUCAGAUGAUAACACUCAUCUUCUGCAUUAACAUUGGUAGGAUUUCCUUUUUUAAUCAACACAUGUUUUGUUAAUAGUACAUGUAGCUGAAUCAUGUUAAACUCAUUACAGUGAAGCAUUUCCACCUAAACGACUUGAUGUGCUGAAUAAAGCUUUGUCUAUUGCUUUUUUGCCUUGGCUUUGUGAUACUUUGAUUAUGACUCAUGUGUGACUUUAAAAAUAUUUGCUUUUAUUUUAAAGAAUCUCUUUUGUGUCAACAGAAAUAUUGAAUGUGUUUUUUACUGCAUUCUGCAAAAGACCUGUUCUCAAGAUAAAAUAACACCAAGGACUUUGUUUUUUUUGUUUAUUUUCUUAUUACAUUUUCAGACAUGCCUAAUGUCACUUUUUUCCCAAAUAUGCAUGCUUCUUAAUUCACUUUACUUAUUAUUACUGUUUUGACAUCAUGAAGAUGGACACCUGCUUUUAUGUACAACAACUUCUAUUGUCUGAUUUAUCACAAUCUACUGCAGUUGAAAUGUGUUUUUUAUUUACUGAAUUUGCUCAACAAAUUACAUUUUUGAGUAAAUAUUUGACCAAUUUACUACUUCAGCUGCAAUAUUCUUUUUUUGUCUCUUUGGAUCUUGCAGUAACUGAAAAUCUGUCAAGCUUUUGACAGAUUUAUGUAACUGACUCAAGAGGACUGUUGCAUGUCCAACCAGCACAGCAGCAAAACCAAAUGACUGUGUGUCUGAGGUUUGUUUGUUGUCAGUGCUGCUUUGUUGAAGCUUUUCCACUGAGGCUCAUGACAUUUAAGAAUAAUCUGUGAAUUCCUACAGAUGUUUCCCAAAAAAAAUGUGCAUCUUACAUUUUUAUGUCCCUGAAAAAGUGGUAAAAAAAACAUUUACCCUUUUUGCAACUGUACAUCAGUGCUGCUUCCAUUCACUCCCCUUCUGAACGUGACACCACCACACACAUACAUGCACCCACUCACACCCGUGACCCUGAGGGGUGGACACCCAGCCCCUCACCCUGAAACCUGGCACCCCUGGCUGACGGGAUUAACAGGUGCAACAAUGUUGUGGUGCCAGAAAUCCUACCCCAUGACUGAUAUAUAUACAUACAAAAAUAUUUUCAUUCUUUUCUGAUUCCCAGCCAAGCUCUGUGUUGGCUGUCUCAUCCUGCCUUCGGUUGUCAAGGUUGAGAAAGGAAGCAGAUUCCCACCACUGUGCUGUUCGCUGCACCUCUGGAAGUGCACAGGGGCUGAAACCAUUAUGUGAGCUGUUUGAGACCCAGACUAGCUCAAAUUCAAACAUUUCUGCAGUGACCUGAGCUUCAUCCUGUAGGCACAGAUUGCAGUUUCCCAAAAUAAUCAGCUAAAGAGGAGACAGACAUUUGUGUCAGCAUGUUUGCUCUUGUUUGUGCUCAGUGUUUUCUUUUUGAUUUCCGUUCUUCACAAGGUUCUGAACAAACCUCGGUUUGCAUUAGUCUGGUUUCAGCAUAGUGUUUGUGUGACAAAAUAUACAACCAAAAAAGGAUUUAAUGGAUACACUUAGUUUUUGAUUGAAUGACUCUCCUCAUCAAUGCUUAGAGAAAAUCUCAGGGACUGACUGCCUACUUGCCAUUCUUAUUGCUAUAAAAAUAAAAUAUGUUGAUUUGA